CGUAGGCGAUUACUUUGAAAGAAAAUAAAAAAGAAAAAGAAAAAGGAAAAAAAAUAUUUUAUUUUUAUUUAUCUUUUAAAUAUAUAUAUAUUUUUAAGCGCGAGUCGAGCGAUCUCUAAAUCUAAAUUCUAAAAAUUUCUAUUCUCCCCAAAAUCACUGACUCGCUCAACUCACUCACUAUGGCCUUUCACGUUGCUUGCCCAAUUACAUGCAAGCGAAUUUGCUUUUGCACUCUAGGGUUUACGCGGAGCGUUCAGAGUGCAAAGGCGCGGAGCGACUUCCUACACGAGGUCGUUUUGUUGGAGCGGUUUUUGGACGAUCCUUGGGGCGAGAUUAGGGUUUCGAAAGAGGGGAGUACGGUUCAGGUCAGCGUUCCUGAGCUUCCGCAACCUCCGCCGCAGCCGCAGCCGCAGUCGCAGUCGCUCGUUGUCGAUGGAAUUUCUGCUGCAGAUGCCGCUGAUGAGGCCGCUGCCGCCGUGUCCGCGCAGACUAAGCGUGUGGCUUUGCAACGCAAGGCCGCCGCGGCCAUGGUUGCUGCCGAGGAUUAUGCCAGACGGUUCGAGUCCGGUGAUAUUGCGCUUGCCUCAAAAGAUGUUGCUGGAGAAGAACAGGGCCAGUCAAACGUGAACAUAAUGUGCAGGCUUUGCUUUGUGGGUGAAAAUGAAGGAAGUGAAAGAGCAAGGAGGAUGCUUUCAUGCAAAAGUUGUGGCAAGAAGUACCAUAGGAACUGCUUGAAAAACUGGGCAAGAAAUAGAGAAUUAUUUCAUUGGAGUUCUUGGAAGUGCCCUUCUUGCCGAACUUGUGAGAUUUGUCGACGAACUGGGGAUCCAAAUAAGUUUAUGUUCUGUAGAAGAUGUGAUGGUGCUUAUCAUUGUUACUGUCAGCAUCCUCCUCACAAGAAUGUUAGUUCUGGACCGUAUUUGUGCCCAAAGCAUACAAGGUGUCAUAGCUGUGGAUCCAAUGUCCCAGGAAAUGGCCUAAGCGUGCGGUGGUUUCUGGGAUACACUUGUUGUGAUGCUUGUGGAAGAUUGUUUGUGAAGGGUAAUUACUGCCCUGUUUGUUUGAAGGUUUAUAGAGACUCAGAAUCAACACCGAUGGUUUGCUGUGAUGUUUGCCUGCGCUGGGUGCACUGCCAAUGUGAUGGAAUCAGUGACGAAAGGUAUCUACAAUUCCAAGUAGAUGGGAAUCUACAGUAUAAAUGUCCCACAUGUCGUGGGGAAUGCUACCAGGUCAGGGAUCUUGAGGAUGCUGUUCGUGAGCUUUGGAGAAGAAAAGAUAUGGCUGAUAAAGAUCUAAUUGCUAGCUUGAGGGCUGCUGCAGGGUUGCCUACUGAAGAUGAAAUAUUUUCCAUCUCACCAUAUUCUGACGAUGAUGAAAAUGUUCAUACGGUACUAAAGAAUGAAUCUGGACGUUCCUUGAAGCUCUCUCUCAAAGGAUCAGUUGAUAAUUCACCCAAAAAGGCGAAGGAAUAUGGAAAGAAAUGGUCAAAUAAGAAGUAUCCCACUAGAAAAGGAUAUCAUAUGCCCUUGGAAAGUAGAACUGAACCACAGGAGAGUUAUGAAGAACAACAUGAUGCUCUAUCUCUGGGGCAAAGCUUGCUUGAUGGCAUGCAGUCUCCUAAAAAUGAAGGACCAAAUAUAUCUUCUUCUGUUGCUGGGGUUGUAAGUCAUCCUGAAGGAGUAUGCUCUGUCAAUCAACCAGGGGUUUUGAAACACAAAUUUGUGGAUGAGGUGAUGGUGAGUGAUGAAGAUAAGAUAUCCAGAGUAAAAUUCAAGAGUAAUAAAACCCAUGAUUUGGACAGUGGAGAUGAUUCUGGAAAACAUGGUAACAAGCCUAAGGCUGUAAAGGCAAAGAAAUUAGUUAUAAAUCUAGGUGCACGAAAAAUAAAUGUUACCAACUCCCCUCGAUCUGAUGCUUCAAGCUGCCAAAAGGAACAAGAUGUAACAACCACAAAUGGCACUGAAGAUACAAGCCUGCAGAAAACCAAUAGUAAGUUUGUGCUGGAUAGACGUGAUGGCAGUGCUAAAUCUGGCAAUGGAGAGAGAGUUGAUCAUACUGGCCACUCAAGAGGUUUGAAGAUUCAAGGAAGAGAUGGAAAUGUGAUCAAAUUUGGAAAAGUUAGGCAAGAAAUUUCUGAAUCAAACACAACAACUGGGAGUGGUUGUGGUACUGAUGGAUCUGAACCAGAGAACAUGCGUCUAUCAUUAGGAAAAAGAAACAAAGAUGGAAGCAGGGCUGCAGCUGGGCCUGGUGGUGAGGUUGCCUAUCUAAGAGGUGAUAAGCUUUCAGGGAAGCAAUUAGAAGGCAGAUCUGAUGCACUUGGGGGUAGCAAUGAUGAUACGCCAAUUUUGCAUUCAUUACCAAAGGAUUUUAAGCCUUCACUGAAGCUUAAAUUCAGGAAACCAAGUCUUGAAAAUCAAAAUUCACAGGCUUCUCAGCUUGAUGAAGAAAAGAGUUCAGUUAAGGGCCAACGGUCAAAAAGAAAGAGACCAUCAUCACCCUUCACAGACAAAUACUUAUUUAAUGAAGAUGAAGAUGCUUCACAGUCAAAUCAAGACAGUUUAAUGGAUGAGAUGAUGGAUGCGAACUGGAUUUUAAAAAAAUUGGGUAAAGAUGCUAUUGGAAAGAGAGUUGAAGUUCAGCAGUCAUCUGACAAUUCAUGGCAUAAGGGGAUGGUUACUGACACCAUUGAAGGUACUUCCUCAUUAUCUGUCACAUUAGAUGAUGGUAGAGUGAAGACUUUGGAACUUGGGAAGCAAGGGGUUAGGUUUGUUUCUCAAAAGCAGAAGAGGUCAAAAACUUGAAGGGUUGAUCUUGUGUUCUAUAAUUGAUUAUCUCAUCUGGAGACCUUUUUUUCUUCUAACAGAUGAAGAGGCAGAUGUCCAUCUCUCCUCCCAGACCCCAAAAAAUUCAAAUUCUAUUUUUCUGGUUGCUUAUGGUGCUGGCCAAUUAUGCGUUGCAGAAAUGCUCUCACAUUGGAGCUGAUAUAUUCUCACGAAGAACUUUAUUCUGUUUCUGUCUGGAUUUGAUUCCAGGUGAAGGAACACUAUCCCCGCUUUCUUUCUUUGGUUGCUAUUUAUUCAAACAUAUUUAAAGGCGUACUUUAUUCAAAAUGUAGGUGUUAAUGGAUUCCAUAUUUAGGUAUCAAUCUAGUGAAAAAGGGUGCUGCUGAUGGAUACUUUGUGUACAGCACAUUUUAUGUGACAAUUAAAGUGUUUGAAUUCCAACA